GUAAAUUAUUCACACAAGAGCAUAUGACUCCGACUGUGCAGGGCAGUGGCUAGUGUGAGAGAAAUCAUUAGCAAUGCAAACACAUGGUGUUCUGGUUCACAGAUUCACUAAUGGGAAGAAAUCCAUCUAUACUGAUGGUAACUCAAUUGUUUCUGGGCGUGUUUGUGCACUACUUCUACUGAAGACCUGGAAUCGAAAAUGAACUGGGCGUCCUUUUAUGCCGUCAUCAGCGGUGUAAACAGACACUCCACUGGCAUCGGUCGCGUCUGGCUCUCUGUUCUUUUCAUUUUCCGUAUCCUGGUCCUGGUGGUUGCAGCAGAGAGUGUGUGGGGUGACGAGAAGUCCGGCUUCACCUGUAAUACCCAGCAGCCCGGCUGCAACAGCGUCUGUUAUGACCACUUCUUCCCCAUCUCACAUAUCCGUCUGUGGGCCCUGCAGCUAAUUCUGGUGUCCACCCCAGCCCUGCUGGUGGCCAUGCAUGUGGCCCACCGCCGACACAUCGACAAAAAACUCUACAAGCUGUCUGGCCGGGCCAACCCCAAGGACCUGGAGCAAAUCAAGACCCAGAAGAUGAAGAUUGCAGGUGCACUUUGGUGGACAUACAUCAUCAGCCUCUUCUUCCGCAUCAUCUUUGAGGUAACCUUCAUGUACCUCUUCUACAUGAUCUACCCUGGCUAUAAGAUGAUCCGGCUGGUCAAGUGUGACUCGUACCCCUGCCCCAACACAGUGGACUGCUUUGUGUCCAGGCCCACAGAGAAGACCGUCUUCACUGUGUUCAUGCUGGCUGUGUCAGGGAUCUGCAUCCUGCUCAACAUCGCAGAGGUCGUCUUCCUAGUGGGAAAGGCCUGUAGUAGGCACUUAAGCAAUGCUGGAGACUCAACCAUGGGAGCAUGGAUCACCCAAAAGCUCUGCUCCUACUAGAACAAGCUAAAUGGACCAACACUGUGUAACUGUAAUUGGGCACAUAUGUUCAAAGCAAUGGCCUUAACAACAUUAAUUAAUGAGGUGUUCACACUUUUUCUAUACUUUUCAAAUAGAUAUGACUCAAAGGACAAUUUCAGUUUGGAUAUAGAACAAAAUCCAGAAGAGGAGACUGAAGAAAAGUAUGGUAACCUGGUUUAUUAACAGUCCCUUACCUUGUAACGUCUCAAAUUUAGCUGAAUUCAAUAUGUAGUCAGCUUCGAUAUGCUCUGCAAGAUUCAAGCAACUAAACCGACUCAUCAUCCAUUCUGUAUUAUGAUUCAUAAAUAGUUUUCAAUUCCUGAUAGACAUUUUAAUCACUGAUAAUGUGGUAUCAUUAGGACAAAGCAUUGGUACCCCUGGUUUAUUAUAAAUAGUAACCCAAGAAAACUGUCCAUGUGAUGAAUUUAACCAACAUUUGGUGGUUGUGGUGGAGUAUUACUAAUAACUAUGAGGCUAUUCCAAAGCACUACUAAUAACUACCUCACUUUCAUAGUGAAAUAUCAAGUGCUUCAAGACAUCCACAUAGUGUUUUGAAUGCUAUGAAUGAGACUGAUUAUGCAAGUGUAUAGAGUAAAAUAGAAUAGUGAAUGAGAAAAUGUGCUUAGUUGAAGUUAAAAUGAAAGAACCAAAUGAUAAAUUUUCAUGUCUAUCUCAUUAUUUUUCUUACUAGAUACUGCAUUGCUGAUUUAAACCUAUUGUGUGUGUGAGAGAAAGGAUGUUUAGAAUUUGUGGUACUGUAAAGUGUUUACUUCACAUAUAAGGAAUUACAAAAACGGUAACUGUAAUCCGUUACAUUACCAGCAAAAAAUAUUGUAAUCAGAUUACAGAUACUUUUGAAAAACUAGAUGAUUCAAUUCAAUUAAAUUCAGAAGAGAUUUGACAAGAAAAAAACAUUUGACACUUCUCUGUUUUCUCAAUGACAUUCAAAUAAACAUGGAAAAAAGGCGCAAAUGUAAGUUUGUUCCACAUGAGCGAGUCUGACCAGAAGUCAGAUACGACUAAUGAUAACAAACCAAAUGGGUUUGAUGGAUCGCUGUAAAAGAGCAGGAACAGGCUUUUGUAGGCUACAGUCCAAGCUAUGUCUUCCAAUGGUGCAACUUGUGUCGGCAUCCAAAGAUUAUCUAACUUGAAUAAACGUUUGGAGGUAAGGAUGACAGCAGUGGUGUAGUCUACUGCGAUACGGAUAUCACAAAUUAUUGUUGUCUGCGUAGCGCAUUGAUGUGAAUCACACUGCUGCUCUCUUAUUUAGCUAUUUGCGUUUUACGGAUUGUGGUUGUUGUGGAUGGCUGUUGGCAAAUCUAAAUGUGUAUUUGAACCCAAUAAUGGUUGAAUUUAAGAAGUUUAAACAAACAAUAAUUUUAUAUCAUGGGUGGUCAGUCCUUGCAUCCAUAGCUCUUGUCUUAAUCUGAGCAUGGUUACAUUUCUCCAGGCCCAUCCCUCAUCUUUUUACCAAAACUGAGGCGGGAUGUCCGUUUGGUUAUUGUUUCAUCUGUGAAUUUGCACUUUGAACAGCUGCAUAUUAUCAAGAUAUCAAAGUGUCACUAACAAAAAAAUAAACAAUAGACCUGUAGCAAAUGCAGCAUAUGGCAUUCAUUUUUAACAUAUAAAUAGCACUUUUCAGUAGUGCUCAAAGCAUGCAAUUUCAUGAGCACAGCAUUUAUUUUUACAUUUAAAUAAAUGAGCCCAAUCAGUCCUCCAUGACAACAAAAUCAUAAACAACAGAGUAGGGCUGGCUAAUAAGUCCUUAGUUUUGGGGUUAUGCUCAGGUUAAACUAUUUGGCUAAACUAUACUUCCAUAUAUCCAAGUCCUAUUCUUGAAGAUCAAGGGGUAUAACAUUUAUUGGAAUGACUGGAAUUCUGAUAGACUUUAGUUUUUAAUGUAAAGAUAUCAUUUAAUUGUAUUAUUAUAUGUAGUAGAAAGCGAUGGGUUAGAAGAAGUCUACAUAACCAACCCAUAAAGUAAAAUGUAACAUCCAUAUAUGGCCAGCUAUGUAAACUUGUAACAUUGAUUUAUCCUGCAAUAGAUGUUGUUCAAUUGGAAACAUACAUGUUUGUGUUCUUCUAAUGCCUCUUAAGGGGAAACUAAUCUAAAAGUAGCUGAAAGUAAUCCGAUUACAUUACUGAGUUUGGGUAAUCCAAAAGUUACGUUACUGAUUACAAUUUUGGACAGGGAACUAGUAACUGUAACAGAUUACAUUUAGAAAGUAACCCAACCCUGAUAGUAUUUUAGUUCCUGUUUUGUUGUAUACCAUGCCUUGUUAUGUUGAAUGUCU